AGGAGACAAAGGAUCUUUCUUUUGAAGGAAAAGAAAAGGGCUGAGGGAAAAGGGCUCCCUUCCCCUUUAAAUCUCCACUCCCGUGAUGCUCUGCUCUGGCAUUCACGUUUUUAGAAAAUGGCUGCUGUUGGCGGUUGGGGGAAAAGGAUCUGUAAAACCGGCUGGCUGCCCACCUUGCAGCUUAUUCGUCAUGGCUCCAAAUCUGUCACACGUCACUGGAAACCGUUGCACAUUAUGAGGCAAAAGCUGAUGGCAGUGACUGAGUACAUCCCACCAAAACCUCUGGAUGCAGAGACCUGUAUGAAACCCCGUGUCAUUCUUCCUAAAGAAGAGACUGGCUAUGAAAGACUGCUAUUGCGUCAAGUGAAACAAACAUUUCUUGAGAAUAAAAUGAUUAUUGUGUGCCAAUACAAUUAUAUUCCUGGAAAUGAUAUGGUAUUAUUUAAGCAUCGGCUACGAAAGUAUAAUAUCCAUGUCAAAUUUUUCCCCAAUGAGAUCAUGAUUCCCUUUCUUUCAGAAUCAAAAUACAAGAAUCUCCUCCCUCUUUUUGUGGAACGCAACCUUCUAAUUGUCAGUAUGGAAACAAAGGCUCGGGAAACACUUCAAGUCCUGAAGCGUGUGCCACAGAUUAAUAUGUUAGGAGCUUGCAUCGACAAUGUCAUCCUAAGCAAGCAAGGCUUUGUAAAUUAUUCCAAGCUGCCAUCUAUAGUAACUGCCCAGGGAGAAACUGCAGGUGUAUUCUCACUCAUGACAUCCCACACUAGCAGACUUCUGCAUCGUGGCUCUGUUCAUCUCAGUUCAUUGCUGGACCAAUAUGUUCAACAGGAAAAUGAAAAAGUUGAAGGAAAAGCAGAUAGGAACAUCAGCUAAACUGGAAGCAAUUUAAUUCUUCAAUGUAAAAUUGUCAUGUUUACUUUGUUGCAUGCCCAUGGAUUAGUGGGAGCGGUUAAUUAGUAUGAUUGAUAAAAGUUCUGGCUAUCAGUUAGACCACGUGGAGAAAAAAAAUGCUGCAGAACUAGACUAUGAACAAGGAAUCUUAUUGACUGUGUCAAAAAUAUUAUAUAUUUGUAGACUUUUACUUUAUGUGGAGGACAUAGGUAUUAUCAUUUAAAUUAAAUAUGUUCAGGUGCAGUACAUUGUUUAAAUAUGAAUAAAAUUGUAUUAAUAAUUUGCAUAAUUGUCUGCUUUAGGUUGGGCAAGAAAUAGUCUUUAAUAGGAACUUAGGUAUUUAUUUUAGACUGUUUAUAAAUCAUAACAUCAAAAUAGAUUGGUUUGACAAAGUAAGUUAAGUUUUAAGAACUGAACUAACAACAAUAGAAGAACUUCAGACAGAUCCAAGAUGAAAUCAUAUUGAAAACAUGUAAAAUAACAACAAAAUAUUUACUCUGGCACCAAACAGCUUAUAAUUUUUGUCAGUGUUUUUAAGAACCUAGGAUGAAUAAUAAAUUUAUUUAUUCUGUGAUGCCAACCAGCUGUUCUUAAAAGGACAGAUGUCUUUCCCACAAGGUCCACUACUAAUAUAAUAAAUGAAUAGAAAUUACAACAGUUCUAAUGAGAAAUAGGUUGUUUUGUAUCACUUUCAGAGUUUAGUUAUCUGGAUUGGGAUUCUAACUGUUAGGUUCCAUUAAAUUGUACAGUGUAGUUAGGAUUAGAAAAUAGAGUUAGAAUUAUUUUU